UUUAAAGUUCUUUUUUUUAGGCAAUUAGCAAAAUAUAUUUAUUAUGGUUAAAAAUGUGUUGAUAUAGAUUUAGAAUGGUCUGUACAAAAUACUUUGACAUAUGGACACGAUAUUGGUUUGUUGCUGGCAAUAUUUUACUUGUGAUUCGUAUAGUUUCUGCGACGGGAAGUUACUCUUCGUGUCACGUGACCGAGGAAGGCAUCAACGUCACGUGGUCUUUGUAUCCUAACACGUCACUCCUCGUCAAUCGGAAUACAACAUUAUAUAAUAGAAGCAGUAAUAACUCGUCGUCUGUAUUUUACAAAAUAACUUGGAAGCCAGCGGGUCAUAAUGACACCGAACAAGUACAGUUACUGACAGCAAACAUAAGCAGUUACAUCAUAAAAGAUUUAAAUUCAUCAACGAGUUACAACGUGGCUGUUUCAUUGGAGUCGGAUUUAAAUCAAACUGUUUUUGAUUCUGAUACCAAUUCUACAGCAGCUGUGUUGCAAUGCCAAGUCGAAACGUUAAACGGAGUGGCAACUGCACCGAAAAACGUCACAGUAGAACCUCGUUCUCCAACUACAGCCGAAAUGAAAUGGAGAUCGCCUGAUCCGACGCAUGGUGGAAUUGAAUUCUACACUGUUCAAUAUAGAUUUCGUAACAGCAGCGACAUUACUACCGUUCGGGUGAAUGCUUCAAGAAGACGAUACGUUGCUAGGAAUCUGUUAUUCCAUAGCAUGUACCAGUUCAGGGUGUCUGCUCAGAAUCAACACGCUGGUGCAUUUACGCCAUGGAUUCAAUUAAAUUUGGAUGUUAAGACGUUCCUACUCUUUGCUGAAGUACCCGAUAACAAAAAAGACAAUUUUAAAAAUGCCCUUCCUUCUAUUCUUCCUUUGUCUUACUUGGGGUCAAGUGAGGUCAACUCAACCAGUUUUAACCUGGGCAGGGGGUGGACAAGGGUUUUCUACCAUAUUUACUUUGAUGUUGGAAUUAACAUAACACGAGGAGAAAUAUCAAUUAUUAUGAGAAGAAAUCGUGCAAGGCAUAUUGUUCAUUUCGCAAGAGAUGUGAUUGUAUAUGAUAUUCGGUUUUGUAACAGCCCUUUAAAUUUUUGCCCUGCUUCUGCCACUUGUGAUGAUUUGAUUGGUCAAUACAGAUGUUCAUGCAUGGAUGAUUUUAUUGACAUUGGGGUCAGAGGUCAUAGGUUCCCUGGUCACCAAUGUGAAAUGAAUACAGAUGAACCACUGGAUUUGACACUUGAAGUUAUAAACCCCAGCAGUGUGAACGUUAUAUUUGGUGAACCAGAGUCCAAUCUUGGGGAUAUAAUUAAAUACCAAGUGGAAUGGCAAACUAUAUCAGGAGUUAUACAACCAGCAAGGGUGAUUGACAUAAACAUAGUGGAUUUUUACAUUGAAUAUAUUUUGGACAAUCUUCCUCAAAACGAGGUACAUCGUGUUCGUGCUCGAGCGAUCACCAAUCAAGCGAAUGGAAGAUGGUCGCCAUGGUCACAAGUUCGAACUGUGUCUCUUCUAUACAAAGUGAUCUUUGAUUUGAACCUAAAUCGGACCGUCCACAACUACCAAUCUAUUCGCACUGAAGUACAUCAGAACAUAACAUUAUAUGCAAAAGAAGUUCUUUCAUCUCUACCACAACUUGUAACAGAUGUUCAAAUGCAACAAUCGGAUUUCACAGGCCAGGGCAAAAUUAGGUUCCAAGCAAUUAUUUUUCUAGAGCCUCCAUAUUCAGAAACAACAGAAUCUGCUGCCACGUCACUGUCUGCUCUUCAGAGGGGAAUAAAAAGAUUAUUUUAUCCUCAUUUAACCGACACUAUGCCCUUGGGAACUGUCAGCUAUUCUUCUAUUCAAGUUACAGACAUUGAUGAAUGCAGAACCCAAUUAUCAGACUGUCGAGGAAAUCCCUGUUCCAAUACACCAGGAUCAUUUGAAUGUAGUUGUCCACCUGGAAUGGUCGACGUUAGUUCAGAUUAUCUUUUAUUACCUGGUCGUACAUGUAUCGCAUUUGAUGCUCCUCAGAACUUCCGAGCAUCACUAACUGAUCCUCAAUCUGCUCUCCUUACUUGGAAGAUUCCUCCUCAAUUAAGAAGAAGAAGACUCAAGUAUUGGUUCGUAGUCGAAUCAAAAAAACGCUCAGGCACAAAUAUUACUUCGGAACAAUAUCAUAUCUCCAAUUCUUCUCGAUUUUUCGAAGAUACUUUUGUAAUGAGGGCCAUUGUUAAUGGUCUUGUGUCGAACUCUGUUUACAAGUUUCGUGUUGCUGCUGCUAAUGUAAAUGCUGUUGGGAAAUUCACGCCAUGGGUGACACUAGAAACAAGUCACGCCAUCUUUAUAUUGAAAUUAAACAUAACAAGAGUGUUAUACACAUUGGAAUUUGAGAAUACAAAUAAUGAACACACAAUUGAAAUUUCACAAAACGUCAGAAACUUGAUUACACAAGUGGUUGGGAAUAGAAUAAGACAAUACAUCUCAACUGGCAAUGUGACUUUGAUACCAGGCAUACACAGAAGAACUUAUGCGAUUGCGCAAUUAUUUUUCGGUUCUGAGUCUCCAGUUGCAAUCAACCAACUUCAGCAAGUUUUUGAACAUAAUACUUUAUAUGAGGAAACACUGGGAGUGGAUUUUAGUGCAGUUGAAAUAAAAGAUUUUGACGAAUGUGGGAGUGGUUGGCACGACUGUUCACCGAACGCACGUUGUACGAACAUUGUCUCCGGCUUUAGAUGUCAAUGUAUUGGUAAUUAUGAAGAUUGGAGUAAUAGAAGGAACCUUCAACCUGGUAGAUACUGUGUGAAUGAUGAUCUUACCACAACUCCACAAUCAACUACUGCGGCCGUUACGCAAGCCAUCAACCAUACAACAACUACAGCAGUUCAAACUACUCAGAUUCCAACACCCAAUGUUGUAAUAUACGUGGUAGCUAUUACGCCAACUAAACUAAAAUUAACAUGGAGGCGAGACGGCCCUCCAGAUGGGGGACGACGGGCCAGUGAUUUGGAUUAUGUUUUCCAAUACAAGAUCAAAGGCCAUGCACGAACAACACCUUUAACACGUUGGACACAACGUACAAUAGCAUCCGGUAUUAGCAGUUUAAUUAUUCCUGGUUUGCAUCGUAACCUCAUAUACUUGGUUCGUGUGGCUGAAAAAUGGAAAGAUGCUUCAACAGUUCAUACGUCAUUUACACGACCUGUUCAAGUCAGAUUAAGUGUAAAAUCUUUCCGUAUUUUUCUUCGGUUUCCGACACUCAACUCGGAUGUUUUGACUUCCAUUGAAACAAAAUCUCUACUGGCAGAAUCUAUUUCAAACCAUAUUUCCGACACAUUUUCCAGCACAACUGUGCUUACGAACUACCCUAUGCUUUACUAUGGUAGCACUAAUAGAGAUGUAACAUUUUCAAAUAUUCCAAAUCAAGGUAUAAUUUCAUCGUCAAUCUUACAUUUCUUGCUAUCCAGCACAGCAGAUGUUACUGCUGUAAGAAACUCAUAUUUAGAAGGUUCACCUUUAGCUAGCAGACAAUAUCCUACUGUAUUCAUGUUUGUUGAAGACGUGAAUGAAUGCUCCAUCCCAAGCAUGAACGAUUGCCCAAUUGGUGCAAUAUGUUCAAACACUGAGGGAUCUUAUGCUUGCGAAUGUAGACGUGGUUUUUUAGAAGCAGGUGCACUUCAUUUCUUGCUUCCCGGACGCCUAUGUAUUCCCAUGUUGACUCUAUCCCCACCCAGUGUUGGGACUACAACAGAAAAUUUCAGAACUUCAACUUUUUCAAACGAAAUAAUGACGAACCCUGCAAGUACAACUUCAAUUCAACAAUCUUUAUUAACAACAACAACAACAACAAGUGUAUCGACAGUUACAAAUUCAACAUCAUUAACCACAACACCUCAUGUUCCUAUUAACCGUAUCGGUUUGGUGGAUCCAGCUUGCAAAAAAGGACAGCGCUUAAUAGAAAGCUUAUGCCAAGAUGUUCAAAUUUUCCUUGGUUCAAUUGAUGCACUACAGACAUCUGGUACAAAUAUAAGUUCGGUUAAUUUGGAAGCUGUGGGAUUAACUUUCAUCAAACGAUUUGUUAAAGCAGCGUUAAACCAUCUCUUCUCCCAACUAAAUGAAGUUACGAACUAUCAAGACACAUUAAUCCAACAUGUACAAGCUUUGCCAGUAGUUGGUGCACGUGUUACAUUUGUUAUUAUAUCGGUAAAAGAUACUUACACCAGUACAAGGUUUAAAAGACAAACUUUCUACAAUGUACAGAUGGAUGCCAACUCUAUAGAAAAUGGUUUGAAGCGAACAUUGCGAACAACUGCGGGAGUUGUGUCUCCAUUUAGGGGAACUCCUGUGCUCUUUAAAAUAAACACUGUUAGAAUUUCAGAUAUUGACGAGUGCUCAUUGCGACUGAGUGAUUGUGAUGUCAUAAGGGCUGAUUGUGAGAACACACAGGGUUCGUUUGAAUGUCGAUGCAAACCAUUCACACGUGAUGUUUCCGUGGUUCAUGAUAGAAGAAGUGGAAGAAGAUGUGAUGGUCAAUGCAAUCCAAUAAGCCCAUGCAUGAAUGAGGCCAGAUGUAUAGAACAAGCUCAAGUUGGCCAACCAUAUUGUGCAUGUACAACUGGAUACAGUGGAAUACAUUGCCAAACUAAAGACGCACCAACUGGCAACAACAGGCUUCUUAUGGCUGCAUUACUAGCUGUGGCUGGUGCGGUCCUUAUAUUUGUCACAUGCGUGGGUAUAUGCUGCUGCUUCAAGCGUAGGAGAAAGAAGAGAGAAAAAGAGAAAAGAGCAGCGAGGAGCGAAAACGAAAGUUAUACGGAUAGCGACUUCAGCGACUCGAGCUCUGAUGACGAUAAUAAUGACGUCACAAUACGUCAAGUGACGUCACACAAGCAAGUAACAACGGUCAAUGAAAAUGGAGCAAAUUCAAAUAUAUCUUUGAUACCAAAGCAAAGUAAAGAUAUAAAGAAACACGAGCCUCCAAAAGAAAGCGUCCCGCAGUCGAUUUACGUCAACAAAAACGUCAUAAAAAAAGACGUCACCGAAAAUGACGUCACCGACACACCCCCGUCUCCAAUUCCAAAAAGAAUGCUCGAUGACGUAGAAGGGGAAACCCCUCCGCCUCUGCCAAUACGAACAACAACAUUGAAACUGGAGAAAAAUGAUGAAGAAAUUCCCCCGGCUCCAUUGCCAAGGCUAUCCAAAGCGCGCACGAAAUCCGCACACAGAAACAGCGGCGAUACCACGUCACAGAAAGUGACGUCACGCCCAGGCAAACGGUCACGAAUCGCUCACUUGCAAAAUAACAAAAUUUCUGGGAAGCGUUUCCAGGUUCCUACACCGAGCGAUUCCUCAGUAAAGUGACGGCCAUUUUCGCGUUAGUUUUGUAACAUGAAUAAGCAAAUUUUGCAUUCUUGUUUAUAUUACUGUGGGGCAGACAGGACACCUUUAGCUUAUAAAAUCUAAAUAUCCGGAUCGUGUAAACAAUUAACAAUGGUCUAUGGGAGUCUUGAAGAUACGGUUUUAUAAUUCUUUAAAUGUUUUAUAUUUACUCCCAAAUGGAACGAGAAAAUACAGCGAAAAGCUGUCCCAUCUUACCCCACCUUACUAAAACACGCGCCAGAGACAAAGACGUGCUUAUGCAGAGAGUAUUACGUGUGUGAGCUUCCUUAUAUUAAAUCAAUAUAUAUAUUGCCA